UUAAGAGAAACUUGCAGGAUUUCUAGUGGGAGUAAACACAAGUGAGGAGGCAAGUUUGGAAGGAGGCAAGUUUCUCACGAGGGAAUUUAAGCUACUGUAACGGUGCUAAGAAAAUAAAAAAGUCCUGAAAUAAGUUACGUGAAUACAUAUCCACAUCAUUUAUUUUGAUUAUUUUGAUAGGGGAGUAGUUAUUUGUUGGAGUGGACGAGCGCGAACAGUAACUUCAGAUUUUCAAAAGCAUUUUACUCUAUUGUAACCGAGAAAAGAAAUAGAGUUGAAACAGCUUUCUCUUCGUUCUCCUUUCCUGCAACUCUGUCUGUGUGUAUGGAGCGUCCGGUCCGACGAGCUCACGUCGUGGCGAUCGCCGGAGGCGACGGAUGUUACAGAUAGGGUUGCUCCUCUUCUCUCUCGAACUAUGUCUCCGCCUUCCCUUUGCCCCCUCCUGGCCAUCCUCUCCACCCGCCACCCGCCGUCGGCCGGUCGCCUCCUGCAGCUCCACGCCCACCUCCUCACCGCCGGCCUCAUGUCCUCCCGCUCUCCGUUCCCCUUGGCCUCUCGCCUCGUAGAGGCCCUCGCUCACUCCGACGACCCCCGCCAUUCCCCUCGCCCUCUCCUCCACGCCCUCGCUCUCCUCGCCUCCCUACCCACCCCACCUGACUCUGCCUCCCCUUACAAUGCGGCACUCCGCGCCCUUUCUCUCUGCACGGACCGCGGUCUUGUCACCCGCUGUCUCCCGCUCUACUGCUCCCUCCUCCGCUCGGCCCGUCCGGACCACCUCACUUUCCCCUUCCUGCUCAAGGCAUGUGCUCGCCUGCAGGAAAGGAACUAUGGCAAUGCGGUCCUUGGGAAUGUCCUUAGUCUUGGGUUCCAUGCGGACGUAUUCGUGGUGAACGCCGCGAUGCACUUCCUGGCGGUCUGCAGUUCCAUGGCAGAGGCACGCAAGUUGUUCGAUGGAAGUCAUGUAAGGGAUUUAGUGUCGUGGAACACGCUGAUUGGGGGUUAUGUGCGGAGGGGCGUACCUAGGGAGGCGUUGGAGAUGUUCUGGAGGAUGGUAGGGGAUGGAGCGGUGACGCCUGAUGAGGUAACGAUGAUUGGAGUCGUGUCAGGGUCCGCGCAGCUGCGGGAUCUAGAGCUCGGGAGGAGGCUCCAUGGAUAUGUGGAGAGUCAUGGGGUGAGGUGUACGGUGAGGCUGAUGAACGUGGUGAUGGAUAUGUACAUCAAGUGCGGUGAUUUAGAGCGGGCCAAGUCUGUGUUUGAGGGGAUUGACAAGAAGACGAUUGUUUCUUGGACUACAAUGAUUGUUGGUUAUGCACAGUUCGGGCUGAUGGAUGAUGCACGGAAGGUGUUUGAUGAGAUGCCUGAGAGAGACGUAUUCCCAUGGAAUGCACUGAUGACUGGUUAUGUGCAGUGUAAACGGGGCAAGGAGGCUCUUCGGUUGUUUCAUGACAUGCAGGAAGCAAUGGUGGAGCCUGAUGACAUCACCAUGGUCAAUCUUUUAUCAGCUUGCUCGCAGCUUGGAGCGCUAGAAAUGGGUAUGUGGGUUCACCAUUACAUCGAUAGACGCCGGGUUUCACUUAGUGUUAUGCUUGGCACAAAUCUAGUUGACAUGUACUCCAAGUGUGGGAACAUCGAGAAGGCCAUCCGUGUUUUCAAAGAAAUACCGGAGAAAAAUGCACUCACGUGGACAGCAAUGAUAUCUGGUCUUGCAAAUCACGGACAUGCUGAUGUGGCCAUCAAAUACUUCCAGAGAAUGAUAGAGCUUGGGUUGCAGCCUGAUGAGAUUACAUUUAUAGGUGUUUUGUCUGCUUGUUGUCAUGCUGGUCUGGUUAAGGAAGGUCAGGAAUUUUUCUCACUAAUGGUCUCAAAAUAUCACCUUGAGAGGAAAAUGAAACAUUAUUCAUGUAUGGUAGACUUGUUAGGCAGAGCAGGUUACUUAGAUGAAGCAGAACAUCUAGUAAACACCAUGCCUAUGGAGCCUGAUGCAGUCGUUUGGGGUGCUCUUUUCUUUGCCUGUAGGAUGCAUGGUAAUAUUACUCUGGGUGAAAAGGCAGCAAUGAAAUUAGUAGAGCUUGACCCGGGCGAUAGUGGAAUUUAUGUGCUACUUGCAAACAUGUAUGCAGAGGCAAAUAUGAGGAAGAAGGCUGAUAAAGUGAGGGUGAUGAUGAGGCACUUGGGAGUGGAGAAAGUUCCAGGAUGUAGUUGCAUCGAACUAAACGGCGUGGUUCAUGAAUUUAUCGUAAAGGACAAGUCACAUACUGAUAUUGCUGCUAUCUAUGACUGCUUGCAUGAGAUCACACUGCAAAUAGAGCAUACUGCGAACAUGAUUGACACGUCUAUGUUACUGGCUGAACCCUGCAAGAUUGUGAUAGACUGAUAAGUUCAGUUAUUUUGUGCUCAAUCAUGCAAUGAGUUAUGCUGGACAAUGUGUUCAAAUGACUAGGAUUUCCUGAUGUUGAUCAAACUUUGAGCCAUUACCUCAGCAUUUCUGGCCCUUUUACAGCUUGCAUGUCAAUGAAAAUAGCAAUCUUCCAUUACAGUUUGGUUGAGGUCAUUCAAAAGAAUGUAAUAGAAUGGUUCCAAAAAGUGAGAUGGUUAUUGUAUUUGGUUCAUAGAAUAUAGAGAACUGUAAUAGAACAACCAUUUGAUUCCUCGAAAGAGAAUAUUCUCCUAAUAUGUCUAA